GCUGGAUCCUCGAUUAUUUCAUCCGCUAUGAGAGCUAACUCUUCAAGAACUCCCUUUUAUACUAGAUUAUUUUUUCUUUAUUAAAAUGCUAUAAUAUUUUGUUUUCUGUCUGCGUUAAAUUUCAAGACAUUUUGCUUUCAAGAUGCCCUUUUGGCAUGGUAACCGAAGUUGAUCAGUGAUUCGUGCGGUGUUACAUGACGAACCUACAAAGAUUUCUUUGGAAAAACAAGUAUUAGAACCAGUUUGUAAUUUCACUGUAACUCUAGUUUACAAAGCAUUCAUUGCUUGUAAUCAAUGGAGCAAAUGGGCAGGACCUGUUUAGAGGUGUUUCAAGAAAAAUACAACGGUCCCUGAUACAACAGCCACCAGCAAAAAAGUUCAACCAAUUCUGAGCAGUGUCUCUGCGAUCGUCGCAACAAAAUAGUUGCUUAUAUUUAAAGCUUUGUUUGUAUUUUAUUUGUGUUGGUAACGGUUUGAUCUUCAUUUAAAUUUUGUUCAAUGGUGUUAAACUGGAAACAAUGGCCAUGGAAAACGUUUUAAAUGCAACUGAGGGUAGUGGGACAUCUUGCAAACCAAGUAGCCAGAAAGUGCACGAAAAGAGCGCGCAUUGCAGCGACGAUGCAGUUGCAUCCAGCCGAUGCACGAUCGAUCCUGUUCUUCUCAGAUUGAGAAUAUUUUUCUUCUUGUUUUAUGCUGGCUUUGGUACGACAUUCCCAUAUCUUGGAAUCUAUUUCAAACAGAUUGGGCUCAGCGCUGGAUCCGUAGGAGUCUUAGCGGGAGUGAGGCCAUUAAUCCAGUGCGUCGGUGGACCAUUAUGGGCAAUGUUAGCAGACAGAUACAACGCAAGGAAAGCUGUUUUAUUGUUUUCCAUAAUGGCUUGGCUUGUAAUGACAGUUCUCCUCGCAUUUCCACGUCCGCGUUAUGAGGUUUGUAAAAUAGUAAACACCACAGAGACAAGAAUAUUUAACAAAACUUUAGUUCAAAAGAAAGACACUGUGCCGUCAAUAGGAUUCCACGAUCACAUGUCGGAGUUCUUGCCAUUUCCACAUUGUUUUCCUUCCUGUGCUGACAACCCUUUACAUCGAUCUGAAAGAUCGUCAGAUGAAAUUCCAGGAAGAUCAUCUCUUAAAGACAACAAAGAAAUAGUUGUACAUAAUUUUUUCGUGCAAAAUUUUUUUAAUAAUACCAAACCCUAUAAUGAUUAUUUACCAGGGACUAAAAGAGCUUCUAAUAAAACUCAAAAAAGUUCUUCUAAAUUAGAGCAUAAAGAAAAACCACACGCGAACGCUGUGAAAUAUGUCAUAGAAUGGAACCAAAAGGAGAUGCAUGACAUUUUCGUUAUUCUGUUGAUACUGAUCGUUGUAGGGGAGUUUCUAGAGGCUCCUUCGUUUAUCAUGGUAGACACUGCUUUGCUGGAAUACCUUGGAAAGGAGCGGUCACGUUAUGGACGAACCCGUCUGUUUGGCAGCAUAGGAUACGGUGUGGCAUCUUUAGGCAUUGGUGCCGUGCUAGAUCGCGUGCAUUAUCAGUACUGCGGAAAGACAAUGAUUGAUUACACAGUACUGUUUUACGUCUUCGCUGGGUUCAUGGUCGUUGGGUUCUUUUUUGCUAUGUUUGGGGUAAAGUUCAGCUACACAAAAAAGGCAGAUUGUGACAACCAGUCCAAAGCAGUGGCUAUGUCUGUCUUAAAGUUGUUCUGUACAUUGCGCCAUGGAUCGUUCCUGUUAAUCGCCUGGUUCAUGGGUUUCAGUCAUGGCGGGGUUAUGAACUUUUUGAACUGGUACCUUGAGGAUCUUGGUGCAAGUAGGUUUAUGAUGGGCAUUGGUACCACGUGUAGGUCAACGGCUAUCAUUAUUGGCUUAAUGAUUUCAAACUUUGCUAUCGACAGACUAGGUCAUUACAAUAUGAUUCUAUUUGCCUUGGUUGCAUAUACCCUAAGCUUCUUUGGGUAUUCUGUCAUUACGAACCCUUGGUACGCGCUGCCUAUUGAGGUGGCACAAGGCAUAUGCUACUCCAUGUCUUGGUCAGCCUGCAUCACCUAUCUAGGUGCCGCUGCUCCACCGAAGACGGAAGCUACUGUGCAAGGUGUAUUACAAGGCGUCUACUGGGGACUUGGGACAGGACUUGGUGCAUUUGCUGGGGGAGCGAUGAUAAACAAAUUUGGAGCAGUCAAAAUGUUCAGAAUUGCGGGCGUAGUGACAGCCAUUGUUGUUUUAAUUUUCUUGAUAAUCAACUUAGCGGUCAAUAAAGUGAAUAACAUUGAUGGUUCUCUUGAUCAUGGUCGGGAUGCAACCGGCAAUGCAUUUUGGAGUAGAGACAUCUAUUCGGAUGAUGAGCUGCUUCUUAAUGAGAAUCAAGAUGAUGAGGACCACCGUAGAAUUUGAUAAAUGACGAUAACGGCAACUAGACAGGGGCGUUGUGACCUUCUGAAGGUGACUUCGGCAGAGAUGGGGUCAAAUCUUGCAGGAAAUUCAUUGCACAUGAGCAAUAUUUGCAACCUGUUUGGAUUAAGGCAAGUGAUUAAAGAACCAACCAGAGAGACGUUAGACACGUCUUCAUUGAAAGAUCGUCUUCAUCAUCAAGUUGCAAUUAACACUCCUGCAAAUAUUGUCAAUUCAGGCGUCCUAAGAAUUUCACUUAGCGAUCAUUAUCUGUUUUGUGUUCGAAAAUUUCGGGGCUUCAUACAGUGACAACCCAAACCUAUCAGAAGUGGAAGAAUGAAAAUCUUUGACCAUGAAAGUUUUUUACUUGAUCUAAGCCAGAUUGCUUGGGAUGGCAAUGUACAUUGUUGCGAAAACGUUCAACAAUGGUCUACAACACUGUCUCUUGUUAUUGAGAUGCAUCUCCCAUUGCAGGAUUCGAGAGUAUAAAACAAAUACUCCCCAUGCCAUAAUAGCGAUUUUAGAAAGCUUUCUCAUCAGAGGGACAGAAUAAAACUGCUGCCGUUAAACAUAAAUCCGCUUGAUGGAUGCUUACAAGCAACUGCGAAAUAAGGCUAACAUUCUCAACAAAAAUCUCAAACGUGAAGGCUUUUCCAAGAUAUUAGCUGCCUGUAAAGGUGACUUAAAGCAGUCAUCGAAAACAAUAAACCUCCUUUUGAAAAUCGAUUCCCUAAAAGAGAACGAAUAGGAGGCAAAUAACGAUCGUGAUAUUGCCAACUCGAUGAACGAUUAUUUCUGCAGUGUGGGGAAGAAUCUAAGCGACAAGAUACCCGACCAGCCUAAUCCCUAGAAUGGAAGAGAACCUUUCAAAUUCGUUGCCAUCGACAAGAGGACCAUCGAAAAGGCCUUAAAUAAGAUCGAGUCAUCACAUGGGUGUGGUGAAGAUAACAUUGCCAGCUUUUUAUUAAAAGUAGCCUUUCCUGUUGUUUCUGAUUCACUCUGUGAAAUUUUGAAAUUUUGAACCUUUCCUUAUCUUCGGGUGUUUUCCCUGGCAGCUGGAAAGUUGCUAGGGUAGCUCAAAUAUUUGAGGAGGGCCUAUCUGAUGAAAGAUCAAAUUACAGGCCAAUAUCUGUUCUACCAUCUGUUUCUAGAUUAUUUGAAAAACUUGUGUACGACCAAUUAUAUCGAUAUCUGGACGAAAACAAACUCACAUGCUUACAACAGUCCGGUUUUCGCUCUUUUCACUAUGUUGUCAGAUGUCUUCUGAAGUGCACGAAUGACUGGUACGUCAACAUUAACAAAGGGAAAUUUACAGCUAUGGUUUUCAUUGACCUCAAGAAGGCCUUUGAUACUAUUGAUUAUGGUAUUCUUCUUGACAAGAUUAGAUUUUAUUGUAUCAGCGGCAUAGAACAUGGUUGGUUUCGAUCUUAUUUUAAUAACAGGAAGCGUUUUGCAAAGUAAAUGGCGUCUCUUUUGACAUUAAAGAUGUUGUUAUCGGAGUACCACAAGGGUCUUGCUUGGGGCCACUUCUUUUUCUGCUCUAUAUAAAUGAUCUUCACUUUGCAUUAAAGAAGGCUGUGACAAACAUACAGCUAUAUACAUACAGGUACAUAUGAGACAGGUUUGUCUGACCACCAUAAGCUAACUUAUUCUGUACUAAAAACUGAAUUCUUAAAUCUGAACCCACUUCUAUUUCAUACAGAUGCUAUAAAACUUUUUCUACCGAUCAAUUUAACGAGGAUCUUCAAUUUAAUUUAGUUAAAAUACCUAAAGAAAAUGUAUCGUACGAUGUUUUCAAUCGAUAAACAUGCCUCUCCAAAGAAAAAAUUAGUAAGAGCAAACAAUGCGCCUUUCAUGAAUAGAGAUAAAGAAAAUUGAUAAUGCUGAGAUCUAAGGCAAAAAGAGAGCUCAACAAAAAUAAAAAAGUUUCUAAUAGGGAGAGGUACAAACAAGUCAAAAAUAGAUGUGUUAAAUUAAUUAGACGCACUAGAAGAAGAUAUUUCGAAAAUUUAGAUGUUAAAUUCGUCAACGAUAAUAAAAAAUUCUGGAAAGCUAUCCAGCCUUUAUUAAAUGAUAAAAAUGCAAAAGCAAAUAAAAUCAUACUGAUAGAAAACGACGAAAUCCUGUCUGACAGCAAAAUAGUUGCACAGACGUUGAACAAUCACUUCGUAAAUAUUACUGAACGCCUCAUUAUAGCCCGACCUUUAACUGAUAAUGUGCAACAGACGUCUGAGGAAAGGACAGCCUCGUCACUAUUAGAUCAAUUGAAAUGCUUUGAAAACCACCAUAGUAUUUAAAAAAUCAAGGAAACGUUUGAUCAAUUUCCUAAAUUUAACUUUGAAAAUGUAACUUCCAAGGAGGUAAGAGAGAUAAUUUACAACCUAAAGGAAGACAAAUCAACAGGAGCCGAUAACAUCCCCCCAAAGGUUCUUAGAAUGGCAAUAGACGUUGUCUCUGGACCACUAGCUGAAAUAUUCAAUCGAUCUAUUUCUGAUAAAACGUUUCCCUUUCUUAUGAAAAUGGCUAAUGUGUGCCCUAUUUUCAAAAAAGGAGAUUCAACUAGUAAAGAGAAUUAUAGACCAAUAAGUGUGCUCCUCUCAGCUUCAAAGGUAUUUGAGAGAAUAAUGUUCAAUAAAAUCUACAAUUACUCAUUUUUAAACUGUUCCCUUUGCUUUGUGGAUUCAGAAAAGGUUAUAGCACACAACAUGCUUUAAUACGACUUAUUGAAGGUCUGAAAAAGUGCCUGGAUAAAAAAGUUGUGGCUGGUGCAGUGCUUAUGGAUUUAUCAAAAGCAUUUGAUUGUUUACCUUAUAUACCUCUACUAGCCAAAUUGAAAUCUUAUGGCUUCAGCGACAACGCAAUGGAAUUUAUGUAUAGUUAUCUAGAUAAAAGAAUACAACGAGUAAAAAUAAACUCAGAUUUUAGUGAUUGGAUGGAAACAAAGCAAGGAGUUCCUCAAGGAUCAAUCUUAGGCCCGUUGUUUAUCAAUAGUUACAUAAACGAUAUUUUUCUGCAUUUGAACAAAAGCAACUUAUGCAACUAUGCAGACGAUAAUAU